AUAUCAUCGAGAGCGGUUGCAUGUUUCAUUAACGUUUGUUCGGGUUGGAUGUUCCGAAUCUUUUGCCGCGUUGGCCCUUAGCAUUUCAAAUCGACAGGUGAAUGAAGGUGCGUGCGCAGUUGUAGUAAUCGCACGUGUUCGAUACGGAGUAACGUAAUACGUUCUCCAAUGAUCCAAUGAUUAUCGUUCAUUCCAUUGACAGUUGAGUAUCGUGGAAAAAAUGUUUGAGUGUCGACAUUCAUUUGUCACAUUCUUCCGGCUAACGGCGUUAUUCAAAGUCGGCAUUCGGUGCUCAGUAAGCCACAGAAGUGCAGCGUGAAAAAUUUAGCCAGUGCUUUUCACUUAACGGAAGUUUAAGUACGUGAGUUCAUUGCUGGUGCAUUAUGCAGAUGUGAAAUAGAUGAAAGUGACAUGGUGCACAACGUGGAACUCGCAACUCCAAACUGUCGGUAGGGUUUCGUUCAAUUGGCAUAUUGAGUGAGGUUAUGAAGCUGUGAACGGAGGACACGGUAUAGGAUGGCUAACAUCUGUACCAGAUCAGCCAACUCGUGCAUAUUGCACUUAUUGCAAGAAGAAUCUGCAUGCCCAUCGCUUGUCCUUGCUGAAACAUACAUGCACUAUGAAGCACCAGAGGUGUGCUCUCAUGUAUCAGAAUGAAUCUCUUGCACUGGAGAAUAAUGUUUUAGUUACUGCAGAGAAAGAUCCAAUUGGUAUUGAGACACCAGAUGACCCAGAUGAAAUCGAAGAGACAGCUGAGAACUUCAAGCUGCAGCAGUCUGAAGGCGAAGAUGACGAUGAAGAGAUCGAGUAUGUUGUUGAGCGGCUUGAUGAUGAGAACAUGGAUGACGAACAAUGCAAGGAUGUAGAGGAUAUGGAAUACGUCGAAGAUGAAGAAGAGGAGAACCUACCAGUUGCUAAGAAGAUUAAAGUUGAAAAAAAUGAAAAAAAUGAUCGUCAAGAUGCCCUUGCUGAAGCAAUGGCACACGUGCAUGGUGAGUAUCUCAACGAAAGUGGUGAUCCUGUCAAUGUCGAGUUAGAGAUGGUUGUAGAAUCUGUCGACUCUCAACCUGGACAGAUUCAGAUGGUUUCUAUACAAUCUGGAGCAGAAAUUGAAGAGGACCAAGCUGCGGCAAUUGAUGCCCUUGAGCACGAUGAAAAUUCUGGCGACUACAUCCAGGAAGAAGACAAAGAGAAUGAGGAUCAAGACGCCAUGGAAAAUACGUCCAGCUGCAAAUCUUCUAUGCAUGGUGCAGAGUCCAGUGAAGGAGCUAGUGAAACUGAAGAACCUGAUCAUGUCGAGGUGCAUCAAGUCAAUGUGCCAGUUCCAGCUCCUAGAGACUAUCUAAUCAAACCAUCAAUGGCUCAAAAAGUAUCUGCGGGGACCAGCAACAAUAGUGGAACUGCAUCCAUGGGGACAAAAAAGACGAUAGCAGUGACUUCUGAUGGUAAGAUUGUAAGCCUAGAUACUCCUACAAUGGCAGGUUAUGCUGGAGGCUCUCGCUACGUUUUGAACGUCGCCAAAGGACAAGCUUCAGCGGUCGUCCUCGACAGUGAGAAAAAUCAUCAGGGUUCAGAGGUUCAGGAACAGAUCAAGACUGGACAGCAGCAGCAGCAAGCUACUACAGGCGCAGCGACCUACUCCACUGCAAGUACCAGCCAACCGAAUACCCAGAAGCAUAUCAUUUUAAAGUCUGUGAAACCAGUGGUGGCUAAGAAGCCAUAUAUAUCAACUCACAUACUGGAUACCAGUAAGGGUCUUCCUGUCGGUGGGCUCCAGAUCAGUCUCUACAAACUUAUGGAUGGACGUUGGACGUUCCUGAACGAAAGCACCUCUACAGCAGACGGUCGGUGUGCAGACUUGUUGGAUACUGCCAAGUAUCGGUUUACUGCAGGACGUUACAAGCUCCAUUAUGAUGUGGACAAAUACUUCACUUUGAGGAGAAUCGAGACCAUGUAUCCCUUCAUCGAGAUCAUAUUUGAUGUUAAGAACCCCACAGAGCACUACCAUCUUCCCGUUCUGCUGAGUCCCUUUGGUUACACAACUUACCGAGGAUCCUAAUACGGGUCAGGUUCGUUGUUCCUUAUUAUCAUUAUCUUUAUCAUUCUAUUCCCUGAAAAUAUUUUCUUUUGUGUACAUAUGUACAAAAACAUGAACAUCUGCUCUUGAAUACUGUGUAUGAUGAAAGUGCGCUUUCAAUUCAUCACCAUAUCUAGUGUUGAUGAAUGAUGUCUUCUCAACUUAUGGGGUUCGUUGGGCAGUUGUUGCUAACUUUUAUUUUUACUGCGUUAUAAAUAUACUUAUUUUGGUUACA